AUGCAACUGCUCGAGGCCAACAAGAAACGGCUGUUGAGACAACAAGAUUGGAUUGGUGUUGCGCCUUCAAAGCCUGUUGACCUGCAAUUCCUGUCGGUCAGAGAGAAGAACCGAAUUGGAAAACGCAGGAGAAUAGAUGCGAAGAGCAGAGUAGCUGCUCGCCGUCUGAGCCCUGCUGCAUUCCCGCAUCGAACCGGUCAAGAUGAGCUCGAGGGUCAUGGGAACGCCUUCAUGAGUGGCGCACUGCCCAUACUCCGUGCUGCUGACAACAUCCGCGUUCGAAUUGGAUCACAUGCCUUGACUGCUGCUUCGACGCAAUCGAAGAACGACGCCGCGUCACAGACUAAUUCCGACUCCAUGCUCUUUGAUGAAGAAGGCGAAGAAGUGGCACGGCGACAAGGGUCAGAAGCCCCGCAAAGUAUCGCUGCAUAUGGCCACGUACUUGCUGCUACUCCAAGAUCCAUGAACAACCAGCCUAUGGAGUCAUACGAAGACCACCCGCCUCGGCAUGAUCACUACACACACCAUGGUCUUACCGCACAGCUGAACAGCGAUGCGGGAGGUCAUAUUUGGACGAACACACUAGAUCAGUCUAUUCAAGCGAGCGAAGCGACUGAGCCAGGCUAUCAGAUCACACACUACGUCGGGGGUGUCGAGCGCCCUCUAAAGCUAGUCUUCGGCAAACAAAGCUCUUACAAAGCAAGUCAUGUAGCAUCGCCAACUGACCAGACUGGCGAGGCGCAGCAGGCCCAUGCAAGCAUCGACGCCGAAGAAGUCCAGAGUGGACGCGCAUUCCAGAGUGGACGCGCAUUGCAGAACAUCGGUGCGACUCACCGAUCCAGCUUCAGAAGGCCUCCCAUCCCAUCUGCAAUCGUCGAUGAUGAACCCUGGAGGACGUACCUGGGCAUAGACCAGUCAAGCUCUGACCACGUCUGUGUGGACGACGGGACCGGAACGAGCGUCCCGCAGCCUCACGCUCCUGCACGGAACACAGGAGCUGAUCGCACAAGCUGGCCACGGCAUACGACUCAGGGCAACCUGACGCAUGCCAACUUGUCGAUUGUCUCCGCCUCUUUGCCUGCUCCAAACCAGCCAACUGGACGCAUCCCAGACGCACGCCCCUAUCUGCGAAGCAAUAUGGUCAAGGAAAUUGACGAGCACGAGAAGCUCUGGCGAUCCUUUGCGCUCGGUAGCGAUCCCGAAUCUGCAAUCGGCACGAUUCACACUCACAACGACACAAGCGAGGACUUGAUGUCUCGAGCAACAAAAGGCUAUGCCUCGACAAGGCUGCCGCUGUCUACCGCUGUCACUUCUGUCAGCUCGUCACCGUUCAAGUCCACACCGUUCAGGUCGUUAUCAGGACAGGCUUCUCGCAUUAGCGACGACGUACAGCAUGCGCCAUAUUCAGGGUCCCGGUCGAUCACCCCAGCGGCUCCAUCCUACAUCACGUGGGGCCGUAUUGAUUCACACGACGAGGAAGACGUCCAGGGUGAGGACGAGAGUCGAGAGAUGAACGCCGGCAGCUGUUUCAGCGAGCGGUCGGCCCCUGCCUCAUUGCAGGAUUGCGGGUCUCAUGAUGGUGACCUAUACGGUGAUACAAGAACGUCCCGCAGUCAUCUGGACCGGCUUGACCGCGCAUGGGACGAUGUUUCGAGGCGGGCACAGGCGAGUGGAAGCGUUGUUUGGCGUCGAGGUCGGGUUUCAUCUAUCAGGGACGUUCCCGAUAGCGAUGAUGUAGGUAUCGACCUUGUAGACGUGCAUAGAUUGACAUGA